AUCUCAGUAUCUCUCCCUCAAUGGAAGCUCAACACCUUCAUGGCAAGCCUCAUGCUGAAGGAGAAUGGUCCACAGGCUUCUUUGAUUGCUUCUCCGACUGCUCCAACUGUUGUAUCACGUUCUGGUGUCCAUGUAUUACAUUCGGCCAAGUCGCUGAGAUUGUUGAUCAAGGAGCCACCACGUGUGGUACGGCUGGAGCACUAUACGCGUUGAUAACGGCAGUAACGGGUGGUGGAUGUAUCUACUCGUGUUUCUAUCGUAAAAAGAUAAGAGCUCAAUACAAUAUUAGUGGCAAUGCUUGUGGAGAUUGCCUUAAGCAUUUCUGCUGUGAGCUCUGUGCUUUGACCCAACAAUACCGUGAACUCAAGCAUCGCGGUUUCGAUAUGUCUCUUGGAUGGGCGGGUAACGUAGAGAGGCAGCAGAACCAAGGAGGUGUGGUGAUGGGUGCUCCAGUCGCCCAUGGCGGCAUGACCCGUUAAUUCUUUUUUAUCUAGUUUCAUUACUAUUAUUCAAUCAUAUAAAAUAAACUUUGAUGUUGUAUUAAAUUAA